CGGCCACAAAACAACCGUGAGUGUCCAACUCACUGUUCGUGAAAAACUUAAAAUAAAAAUAUUAUAAAAAAAUAUAAAAUCAACAAAAUCUUAAAAAGUGCAGCUCUAAUUAAAGAAAUAGAAACAUUAAAAAAAAACAGCAAAAUAUUAAUUAUAAAAAAAAUAAAAAUAAACAUCAGGCCUCCGGCUUAACUCGAAGUUGUCGUUUUUUAAAGGAAACCUUCAGACUCCGUGCUGCUUUUUCAGCUUUUUAUCCCGAUCAGCGGUCUGCACAGCGUGCCUUUAAGCGCAGUUUGGAUCCGGAUUACAGCCCAAACCAGCGUUUUUCUGCCGCUUUUUGAGCGAAGCUUUACGUUUGUCCUCUGAAAACAGCGAUAUGAACACAGCGACGGGGAGUUAUCCGAUGGCUUCUCUCUACGUUGGCGAUCUGCACCCCGACAUCACGGAGGCGAUGCUGUAUGAGAAAUUCAGCCCAGCCGGACCGGUGCUCUCCAUUCGGGUCUGCCGAGACAUGAUCACCCGGCGGUCCCUGGGAUAUGCUUAUGUGAACUUCUCGCAGCCGGCUGACGCUGAGAGAGCCCUGGACACCAUGAACUUUGACGUGGUGAAAGGGAAGCCAAUCAGAAUCAUGUGGUCCCAAAGAGACCCCUCCCUCAGGAAGUCGGGUGUGGGCAAUGUUUUUAUCAAGAACCUCGACAAGUCCAUCGACAACAAAGCCCUGUAUGACACCUUCUCCGCCUUUGGCAACAUCCUCUCCUGCAAGGUGGUGUGUGACGAAAACGGCUCCAAAGGGUACGCCUUUGUCCAUUUUGAGACCCAGGACGCGGCCGAUCGCGCCAUCGAGAAGAUGAACGGCAUGCUUCUGAAUGACCGCAAGGUGUUUGUGGGGCGUUUCAAAUCUCGUAAGGAACGGGAGGCUGAGCUCGGUGCCAAAGCCAAAGAGUUUACCAACGUCUACAUCAAGAACUUUGGGGAUGAUAUGGAUGACGAUCGGCUGAAGGAGAUUUUUGACAAAUACGGUAAAACACUCAGUGUGAAGGUGAUGACAGACCCCAGCGGCAAAUCCAGAGGGUUUGGAUUUGUUAGUUAUGAAAAACACGAGGACGCCAACAAGGCUGUAGAGGAAAUGAAUGGCACUGAGCUCAAUGGAAAGACUGUGUUCGUGGGCCGAGCUCAGAAGAAAAUGGAGAGGCAGGCGGAGCUGAAGAGGAAGUUUGAGCAGCUGAAACAAGAACGGAUCAGUCGUUAUCAGGGAGUUAAUCUUUACAUCAAGAACUUGGAUGACACGAUAGAUGAUGAGAAACUGCGUAAGGAGUUCUCUCCAUUUGGCUCAAUUACAAGUGCUAAGGUGAUGCUAGAGGAGGGCCGCUCCAAGGGCUUUGGCUUCGUCUGCUUCUCCUCCCCUGAAGAGGCUACCAAGGCUGUGACUGAAAUGAAUGGACGUAUUGUUGGCUCUAAACCUCUCUACGUGGCUCUUGCUCAGCGCAAAGAGGAACGCAAAGCCCACCUCACCAACCAGUACAUGCAGCGUAUAGCUGGCAUGAGGGCGAUGCCGGCUAAUGCCAUCAUUAAUCAGUUCCAGCCCACUAGUGGCUACUUCAUGCCAGCUGUGCCGCAGGCCCAGAAUAGGACUACCUACUAUGCACCCAAUCAGCUGGCACAAAUGCGACCAAAUCCCCGGUGGCAGCAACAAGGUGGACGAGGUCAAGGUGGUUUCCAAGCAAUGCCCAGCUCGCUGCGUCAACCAGGCCCCCGUGCCAACCUGAGACACAUGAGUCCCAGUGGCACACAAGGCCCACGAGCCACCGGUCAGUCCAUGGCUCCUCGUCCUUCAGUCGGAGUCCCUGGCCCCCGGGCCAUGCCUCCUUACAAAUAUGCCACCGGUGUCCGUAACCCCAACCCCCAGGUGGUGCAGCCUAUUGCCUUACAGCAGACUCAGCCAGCGGUGCAUGUUCAGGGCCAGGAGCCUCUCACAGCCUCCAUGCUGGCUGCUGCACCCCCUCAGGAGCAGAAACAGAUGCUGGGGGAGCGUCUGUUCCCACUGAUUCAGGCCAUGCAUGCCAACCUGGCAGGAAAAAUCACCGGCAUGUUGCUGGAGAUCGACAACUCUGAAUUACUACACAUGCUGGAGUCCCACGAAUCUCUGCGUUCAAAGGUAGAGGAAGCUGUGGCAGUUCUACAGGCUCAUCAGGCGAAGAAAGACGCUACCCAGAAAGUGGGUGGCAUUGCUCCUACUGCUGCUGCCGCCACAUCCUGAAGACUCUGUGCUAUUGUAACUUGGGCAGAGAAAAUGAGCAGAGAUGGGAAGAGACACACAAAGCCCAGAGUCUUCUGAACAAUCACACAAAAACAAAAAUGAAGAAAAAAAAUGGAAAAUCUAACUUUACAUACUUUAAAAAAAGAAAAUAUUACUAAUGCAUAAUUUUGUAGUUCUGUAAUACUUUUAAGCUGCAUACCAAAUGCAGCGAGGCAAAGGAAUCUUGAACGAAGGCCCUUUAUUUUGUGGCAAAGGAGAGAAACCUUUUUCUUGUUCUUUGUCUUUGCUUGAAAGCUUUAUGUUUGAUGUGAAAUGACUCCUCCAUCCUAACAUGUUAUCAACGGGUGUGUGGUAAUUUCAAUAAAGGGAUGAUAUAUCAA